CACCCAUGUUGCUCUCUCUCUCCCUCUUUCUAUCUCUAAAGUUUUCUCUUUUCUCUGUCUAUCAAAAAAAAUAUAUCUCUAUCGACAAAAACCCACACCACUUCAUCGAGAGGAAAGAAUCUCUCAAUACAAAAACCAAUUACAGUAACCUCCUCCGUUUCUUUCAAAUGAAACCAUCAUCUAAAUCCCUACUUAUUUCUCUAACUUCUUCUUCUUCUUCUUCUUCGUGUACUUGAUUCAACAACACACUUGUUUAUCCAAGAAGAGAAGAUUUUUUUAUUUGUAUUCCUCUGGGAAAACAACCCUAAAAUGAGUAGCCUUGACGAGUCUUUAAGAUCUCUCUCCCUCGACUACCUCAACCUCCUCAUCAAUGGCCAAGCUUUCUCUGAUGUAACUUUCAGUGUAGAGGGUCGGUUAGUUCAUGCCCACAGGUGUAUUUUAGCUGCAAGGAGUCUCUUCUUUAGGAAAUUCUUCUGCGGACCUGAUCCUCCAGCUGGUUUAGACCCGGUUGGUUCGAGGAUGAACCGAGGAGGCGGAUCAACAGCAGGGUCUAGGCCCGGUGUUAUACCCGUGAACUCAGUGGGAUAUGAAGUGUUCUUGCUAUUGUUACAGUUCUUGUAUAGUGGCCAGGUCUCUAUUGUGCCUCAAAAGCAUGAGGCAAGGCCUAAUUGUAGUGAAAGAGCGUGUUGGCAUACACAUUGCACCUCUGCCGUUGAUCUUGCGCUUGACACUCUUGCUGCCGCUAGAUACUUUGGUGUUGAACAGCUUGCAUUGCUUACUCAGAAACAAUUGGCCAGUAUGGUGGAGAAGGCUUCAAUUGAAGAUGUUAUGAAAGUACUAAUAGCUUCAAGAAAGCAAGACAUGCACCAACUUUGGACUACUUGUUCCCACCUAGUGGCCAAAUCAGGUCUACCACCAGAAGUUCUCGCCAAACAUCUGCCCAUAGAUGUGGUGGCCAAAAUCGAAGAGCUGCGUCUCAAGUCAUCUCUAACAAGACGGUCCUUAAUCCCUCAUCAUCAUCAUCAUCAUCAUCAUCACCCCCACCCCCACCAUGAUCUCACCGCGGCUGCUGAUCUUGAGGACCAGAAGAUUCGAAGGAUGAGAAGGGCAUUAGACUCUUCGGAUGUUGAACUAGUCAAGCUCAUGGUGAUGGGAGAAGGUCUGAAUCUUGAUGAAGCUUUGGCUUUACACUAUGCUGUCGAGAACUGCAGCCGGGAAGUAGUUAAGACCUUGUUAGAGCUUGGUGCGGCUGAUGUUAACUACCCGGCGGGGCCUGCAGGAAAAACCCCACUUCACAUUGCAGCGGAAAUGGUAUCACCAGAUAUGGUUGCGGUGCUUUUAGACCACCACGCAGACCCUAAUGUAAGAACCGUUGAUGGGGUGACUCCUUUAGACAUCCUUCGAACACUAACUUCAGAUUUCUUGUUCAAAGGUGCGGUGCCGGGGCUAACUCACAUCGAACCAAAUAAGCUUAGGCUAUGUCUUGAGCUUGUUCAAUCAGCAGCUAUGGUUAUCUCGCGUGAAGAAGGGAGCGUAAAUCCACCAACUUCAACUGCAAUUUACCCACCAAUGAGUGAUGAACAUAAUAGCAGUAGCAGUGGAAACAACCUUGCUAACCUCAAUUUGGAUUCAAGGUUGGUUUAUCUCAAUCUUGGUGCUACAGCUUCAACUCAAAUGGGAUCAAGAAUGGAGGGUGAUGAUGAUAGCAGCCACAACAGUCAAAGAGAAGCCAUGAAUCGACAUGACCCAACAAUGUACCAUCACUCUCAUGACUUCUAGCUCCAACACUUUCUUUCUCUUUCUUUUUCUCUCUCUAUAUAUCAAUCUCAUUCUCUCUCUCUGACUCUCUCUCUAUAGAUAAUAUAAAACAAAUGGAUGGUGAAAGACAGGCAAAAUAGUAGUUCAUGGAAACUCGUUCAUGAGAGAUUAUUGGAUCUAUAUAUUUGUCCGUCCUUUGAUUUCAA